AUGGAGACGGAGCAUUAUAAUCUGCUGGAGCCGUCGCGGCACCCACAGCUGUGCCGGCCGUGGCACGGGGUAGCUCUGAGCGCCGUGCUGGCGUUGGGGGGUUUGGCGGUGCUGGGGGCGCAGAGCAAGUGGAGCUCGGCGCUGGCUGUGGACUUGGCAUCCAAGGAGUUCCUGGUAUCCAAGGAGUUGCCUCUGAGGGCGCAUGGAGGUGGAAACUCGUCCUCGCUCUUGCCUGUAGUGAUGUUCCACGGCGCGGCGGAAACGCCAGAUGAGUUUGCGCUGGCCCGUCGGUGGAUUGAAGAGGAGCACCCAGGCACCAGGACAGUGCCAGUAGACAUCUACUCCGGUGCCAACUCCUUCCAGCCACUGCAGGAGCAGCUUGCGGGGCUCACUGCGUAUCUCGGUCAAUUGGAUGAUUUCUACCCAGACGAGUUUCGGGAUGGCUACAACCUGCUGUGCCACUCCCAAGGGGCGUUGGUUUGUCGUGUGGCGGUGCAGGUGAUGGAUAACCACCGGGUGCGGAGCCUCGUCUCCUUAGCUGGGCCCCAGAUGGGAGUCUACGGCACCACCUGGCUCAAAUCUGCGCAGCCCUUCUUGCAGAACCAGCUGCCCAUGCCGACGUUGCCAUCCUUCAUCCCUGGACCAUUGGUGUCAGCGGGGGCGACUGUGCUGUCGAGCAGAUUCUACAGUUUUGCCUAUGGAUCCUUGCAGCAUGCGACUUCGCUGGCCAACCUCUGGCAUGACCCUCUACACCAGGAGGAGUACCUGAAGGGCAAUGUCUUCCUGCCGCGGGCCAAUGGAGAAGUAGAGUCCUCUGACACCGAGCGCCAUCGGCGGAACUUCAUCCGUCUUGGCCGCGCCGUGUUUCUGGUGGGCUCCUUUGAGCGGAGCUUUGACUCCAAGCUGGGCUUGCAGCCCUGGCAGACGGGCGUCUUCGGCUUCUACCGGGAAGGCUCAGACAGCGAGAUCCUGCCAAUGGAGAAGCAGAAGCUAUUCGUGGAGGAUACCUUUGGCCUGCGGAGUCUGAAAGAAGCUGGGAAGCUGCAUUUGGAGACUGUCAAAGGCGUGGUGCACGAGGACUGGCUGUCAUCCGAGCGCAUUUUCAAGAAGCACGUGCUGCCGCACUUGCAGGCCAGCUAUGCCGCCGUUCCGCAGCUGCUGAAAGGCGCCAGGCCCAAAUUCAGGGCUUCGCUGCUGCCUCUGAUCGCCGCGUGGCUGCUGCCCUGGGCCUUUUUUGCUCUGAUCUACAUCUCCCUGGCCUCCUCAGCGCAUUUAACGAACCCCUGGCAGACUUACGCGGCCCUGGCGGUCGGCGCUGUGCUGGUUCUAUGCUUCUUUUUCGCCUGGCUGGACCUCGUGGCAAAAGCCCCGCCAAAUGCAGAGCCAUCCAUGCUGGGCUUCUUUGCCUUCGCCUUCCUCUUGGCCUUUGUGGCAGGCCUGGGGCUGGGCUCCGUCAGCUACGACGCGUACACCUUCAAGUGGUUUGAGAUGACACGCCUCAAUAUCUACAGAGGUGUGGAUCCGGACGUCUCCAGGGGCACGCAGCUCAUGGACGCCGGCUUUAUUGACUUCCUGCCAGGUACCCACCUGCAGACCAACAUCUCGAUGGGCUACAAAGACGAUCAGCUUUACUGCGUGGCGCCGCUGCAGCUGGGAGUUUGGCCGCCGGUGACCUACGACUUCUGGCUGGUGGGCAAGGACUGCUGCCAGGCCAGCCGCCCAGGCUUCAGUUGCGGCUCCACGCGCCAUGAGCAUCCCAAGGGCCUGGCUGCUAGGAGGCUGAUGAACCAGGCUGACUCGGCGUUCUACAAGCUCGCCGUGCGCCAGGCGGAGGCGGCCUACGGCAUCCAGGCGGCGGCGCCGCUCUUCCUGGAGCCCUCGAGCCUCGAUCCCACGGAGUCCCCCGCCGCCUUGGUGGACUCGGCGCAGAAGGCGAUGAAGAAGUACCUGAUAGGCUACCUCAUCUUCCAGUUUGUGCUGGUUCUUCUUGCCAUCUUCCUCUACUUCUCGCCCACACGGGACUUCAACGCGCUCUGCGGCUUUGGUUUGGCCAAUGCCUGGUACGAUUACGGCCUGGGCACGGACUCGGCGAACGUGAGCCCUCGGAGCGAGGUGGAGGUGGCCGUCGAUGAAGAUGAGGAUCUUAUACGCACUGUCACCUUCCCGAGACGCCUGGACAUAGAUCCCUUCGGCGCCAGUGCCACAAGAGGCCACCGGAAGGAGCCGGCCGUGAGCCGAUUCCUCACGGACUUCUGCCGGAUGGUUUGGCCCGAGCUUUCAGGCACCAUGAAGAAGCUCAUGGACGAGCGGGUGCAGGAGGCCCUGCAUGCCGCCAUCCAGAAGCUGCCGGAGUCCAUGCGAGGCGAGGUGCACCACAAAAUCAGCUUUGGCGAUUCUGCUCCCAGCAUUGAGGAGGUCUACAGUUGGCGUCAGCAUCCGUGUGUGAAGGAUGGCAUCGAGCUCUGUGGCAAGAUGCGUUGGGACGCUCCCGUGGACAUGCAGCUGACGCUCGGGCCUUUGAAGUUCGGCAUCAACCGCAUUAAGCUGGAGGGCGUGGGGUGCAUCAUCUUCAGACCUCUAAUGGACCAGGCGCCGAUCCUGGGUGGCUUUCACCUCUUCUACUGCAGCCCCCCGGAGCUGCGGGUUGGCUUGGUGGGGCUUGGUGGCAUCACCAGGUGGGCAGCUGUCGAUAAUACUGUGAGCGAAUUGAUGGCGGAAGCUUUCAAGAUGGUGAUGGUCCUACCACAGCGGAUGACCCAGCGCUUUGCCAAUACAAAGAUCGACGACAUGCCGGACUUUCGGUGCCCGCCGCCCAUUGGCGUGCUGCGCUUGCAGGUGCAGGCAGCACGCGGCCUGCCGGCAGCGGACUUCUACGGCCGCAGCGACCCGUACAUCGCCGUGAAGUUGGGGAACACCGCCGCGCGCACCAGCGUGCGGCCAAAGACGCUGGACCCCGACUGGACAGGCGAGGAGGCCAUGGAGUUUGUGGUCUACCACGAGCGCCAAGAUGUGUGCCUGGAAGUCUAUCACGACAAUAUCUUUACACAGGACAAGCGGCUCGCCUGCCUGGGCUACUACACUGUGGCGGAUUUGGUGCACCGCUGCGAGAAGCCUCGAUGGCUAGACCUGAAAGACAGAGGCGCCAUCCAGCUGCGCGCAAACUUUGUGGAUCUCUGCCCCUGCGUUUCCUGGACGCCGGGCAGUCGCGCGUAUGUCCUCGUCUUGAAGAUCUUCCACCUUCGGGGCGUGCCUCCGGCUGAAGCUCUCGGCACACUCUUGCGCCUGAGGAUGGGGGAGGUGGAGAUCCUCUCCAGGCCCUGCAAGGCUUUGGACCCCGGCAAUGUCGGCGGCUUCGGGAAGAGGAUCUCAGCGCAGAUUUUGCAGCUGCGGCAGAGAGGCGUUGGCAGCGAUGUGAUAGCGGAGGUCUUCGGCCUGACCCAGGAGACGGUGGAGGAGGUGCAUCGCGUUCAGGCCAACACGCGCAGCUGGUUCGGCUGGGAUGAGGCCCACCACGAGCUCUUGCCGAAGGAGGACCUGCAGGUGGUGCUCGAGGUGCGUACCUCGGGCCGGUGGCCGGGCUGGCAGCCGCUGGCAGAGGAGAAGCUGCAGACCUUGCUGCUGCGGUGCAGGUCGGCGCCGGAGGGCCGAGUGCAGCUUCCGUUUGAUCACGGCGGCGGCAAAGCGUUGGUUGGUCUGACGUUGGAGCUCCUGCACGGCUAG